AUGACCAAGCAUUCAAAAGACCAAGGACAGACUGCUGGCAAGCCGAAGCAGAGGACCAAGAAGAGUGAGAGAACCUCUCAUGAGUUCACUGCGCAGCCGAGCAGCAACGAUGAGCAAAAACAAGAGUUCAAUAACAUCAUGCAGUCAGAAGCUCGACCCAUAUCUCAAGAGAAGAUCGAUGAAGGGGCUCAAGUCUUCCACGCUGAUAUCAUGACGGUUGAAGAGAGACAUAUCGAAAUUGACAUUGCCUCCACACCUUGCGGAUGGAGUUCCGAUGAAGCCAAUUCUCAUCUCGAAGCAUCAGGAAAAAUAAUUCAGGGGCUUGUCGACGGUCUGUUACCUGCGAGCGACUUUGACAACGACCCUAAGGUAUUCUAUCACCUAGGUGCUCAAUUCCCUAUCCCCGUUCACUUCAACACGCAAUCCGCCGGGUAUACUUUACCACAAUUGUCAUGGAAAGCUCCCGUCAUUACUACUCAAACCAUUGCACUCUCCACACCAUCAUCAUACAACGCUUCGACUGUGGCGAUUGCUUACCAGAGUACUUAUGAUUUCCCAGUCACGGCAGACUAUAGUCACCCUACUACUACCACUCUCGAUACCCUUCCAGUGACGACUCAAUACCAGCUGGAAAGAUGGGUGUAUGAGAAUGAUCGUGAUGAGAUGACACCUGCCCAUCGAAUGGAAGAACAUAACUAUGACCUUUAG